UGAUAGUGAAAUGUUGGUGGGAUAUCACAUAGUACUUAACUAUUUGUGGUUGUAGAAGGUUGAGACACAGCUCCUGGUCCCCGCCUCUGUGUCCUUGUAGGAGGUUGAGACACAGCUCCUGGUCCCCGCCUCUGUGUCCUUGUAGGAGGUUGAGACACAGCUCCUGGUCCCCCGCCUCUGUGUCCAUGUAGGAGGUUGAGACACAGCUCCUGGUCCCCGCCUCUGUGUCCUUGUAGGAGGUUGAGACACAGCUCCUGGUCCCCGCCUCUGUGUCCUUGUAGGAGGUUGAGACACAGCUCCUGGUCCCCGCCUCUGUGUCCUUGUAGGAGGUUGAGACACAGCUCCUGGUCCCCGCCUCUGUGUCCUUGUAGGAGGUUGAGACACAGCUCCUGGUCCCCGCUUCUGUGUCCUUGUAGGAGGUUGAGACACAGCUCCUGGUCCCCGCCUCUGUGUCCUGGUGCUGUCACGUUCUUUGAGGGAUCUUGCUGUAUGACCCUUGCAGGAAAUAUGGAGAGGAAUGAGUCGGUAGUGAAGGUUGAUACACAAGAGUGUGAUGACCUUCGUCACUGGGAUCCACGAGUUGAUGAUUACAUUGACCUGAAAAACUCAAGAAUAACCACUGCUGGACCAGGUGCUAACUUCUCUCGAUGUAAUAACCUUGCAAGGUGUCAGGAAUAUGUGCGAGAGUCUCGUGGUUUGUUUGUUAACAAUGUUCCCAGCUCACUCAGCUCGGAGUCUCUGAAGAUGAUGUUUAGUGAGCAUGGUAAAGUUCUUAGUGUGUUUAAGAAGCCCAGCCAGGACUUUGUGUCUUCUCCAGUGUCUUGGGCUAUUGUUAAAGUGGCCACUAUGAGGGAUGCAAUGUCGAUGAUAGCUGCACUGAACUCUAAGUCACCUCUGAAACUGAGGGUGGAACUGGCACUGACUGAACAAGAGAGGACGAUGCGACACAGAGAGAGAGAGGCAGAAAAGAAAUUUCAACAGGAAGUUGAAGCUCUUACUGUGAGAAGAAUUAGUGCCACCGAUUACUACUUAAAUAAUCCAUCUGUACACUUAACAUCUUCCACAAAAUGUCAACCAACUGGACAAGAUGGAGAGGCGCUGUCUUCAUUGUCUGUAAAUCCCAAUGAAAGAUUGUUGAUGAAUGGUCAGCAAGAGGAGGUCAUCUCUGCCAGUAAACAUCGUACAACUUGCAGUUUUACCUCAGCACCAAGUGUGAUGCCACAUCAACCAAGUUACAGUGUUACCUCAGCACCAAGUGUGAUGCCACAUCAACCAAGUUACAGUGUUACCUCAGCACCAAGUGUGGUGCCACAUCAACCAAGUUACAGUGUUACCUCAGCACCAAGUGUGAUGCCACAUCAACCAAGUUACAGUGUUACCUCAGCACCAAGUGUGAUGCCACAUCAACCAAGUUACAGUGUUACCUCAGCACCAAGUGUGAUGCCACAUCAACCAAGUUACAGUGUUACCUCAGCACCAAGUGUGAUGCCACAUCAACCAAGUUACAGUGUUACCUCAGCACCAAGUGUGAUGCCACAUCAACCAAGUUACAGUGUUACCUCAGCACCAAGUGUGAUGCCACAUCAACCAAGUUACAGUGUUACCUUUGCACCAAGUGUGGUGCCACAUCAACCAAGUUACAGUGUUACCUCAGCACCAAGUGUGAUGCCACAUCAACCAAGUUACAGUGUUACCUUUGCACCAAGUGUGGUGCCACAUCAACCAAGUUACAGUGUUACCUCAGCACUAAGUGUGGUGCCACAUCAGCCAAGUUACAGUGUUACCUCAGCACCAAGUGUGGUGCCACAUCAACCAAGUUACAGUGUUACCUCAGCACCAAGUGUGGUGCCACAUCAACCAAGUUACAGUGUUACCUCAGCACCAAGUGUGGUGCCACAUCAACCAAGGAAGGACAAGUGUGUUGUGGAGAUGAGUCAGGGUUCAGUGUGUGUGGAGUGGAAGCAGCCACAACCGUGUAGGUUGUGUGGGAAGCCUGGCAAGCUGGUGUGUUCAGUGUGCAAGGCUUGGUAUUGUUGCAAGGUGUGCCAAGUGCAACACUGGCACUGCCACAGCAACACCUGCUCACCUCUUCCUCCUCAUCUUCCUCCUCCUCUUCCUCCUCCUCCUCCUCCUCCAUCUUUGGAUACUUCAGUAUUCAUCUCUGCUAAUAGCUUGAGUGAUAAUGACAGAGAUAAAGAAAAGCAGCAUAUUCAGACAGAUCAAAUUCUUGAAGAAAAAAAUAAUUUGCCUAUUAAUGUCAACCUUAGAAAUGGCCGUCAGUCAAGUUUGUGUAAACAGCGGACCAAGUGUAAUGAACAAGUGAAUAUUGAACAAAUGGAGCCACAAGUGAGUAGUGUGGCUGUCCCUGAGAGGGAGCUGGAGCACAACCCCACCAGUCUAAAUAACUCACCCAUCACCAAGUUAAAUCAGAUGCCAUCUCUGGUAACUCUACAACAAAACUGUCAUACACAGGAAAAUUCCUUUGAGCAGACCAGUAAUAUUAAUUCCAAAGAAUCUACUGAAAUGCUGCCAAGUUCUCAGAUAGUAACCACUGAUAAUAUUGCUCCACAUGGUAUUUCUGACAGCCAUAGAAAUUCAAGCAAAAAUGUUGAGUCACAGUCUGGGUGCAAUAUGCAGUCUAUGAGAGAAUAUCAGAAGCAAUUUCUUCCAAAGACUGUAUCUGCACACAAGUCUUCAUCACCAGUACAACUUUUCUUAAAUGAAUUAAAGAAAGAUGAAAUAUAUGAAGGAAUCAUCACACAGGUUGAUAAUUACAAGCAGUUUGCAGUCGUUGUUAAUGAUGCUCUUGCUAAAAAGUUUUACGGUGAAGCACAAGAGAUAUUAGCCAGUGUUCCUUAUGAUGUAAACUUUCAUCCUAGUGUGGGUUCAUUAGUGGUUGCUGGAUCUUCAUCCGACACUUCCUGGUAUCGUGCGUGUGUGUGUAGAAUAGAUGGUGAGAAUUACCAAGUGUUUUGCAUAGACUUUGGUAAAAUGGAGACAGUACGAGUGGUUAAACCACUUCCAGCCGGACCGCUCUCGGAGUUACCAGGUUUUGCAAUAAUAGCCAAGAUUCACGUUGAUGUACAAUCACAAGUUCAGAAACAGUUGCAAAAAAUUAUCAUGUUAGAUAAGAAAAUAUUGUUCAGAGUAAUAGGUAAGAAGUUAAAAUCUUUGAAAGUUUCUCUGUUAAGUAAUGAUUUAACUGGUCUAGUGGCUAAUUAUAUUUUGAGAGCAUGGCACACCUCUCUACCUUUGUCACAAGAUCUUGAGAUAACAUCAUCAGGUGUAACUCAGGGACAAGUUUCAAGAGUCAGCAGAGAUUCUCUCCUCUCCCAGUAACAGAGAAUACCAGCAUCUGUUGAUUCAAGUAAGAUGAAUUUUAAGCAGAAGUUUUUUUUCAACAAGUCGGCCGUCUCCCACCAAGGCAGGGUGACCCAAACAGAAAGAAAAUCCCCAAAAAGAAAAUACUUUCAUUAUCAUUCAACACUUUCACCUCACUCACACAUAAUCACUGUUUUUGCAGAGGUGCUCAGAACACAACAGUUUAGAAGCAUAUACGUAUAAAGAUACACAACAUAUCCCUCCAAACUGCUAAUAUCCCAAACCCCUCCUUUAGAGUGCAGGCAUUGUACUUCCCAUUUCCAGGACUCUAGUCCGGUUAUAUAAAAUAACUGGUUUCCCUGAAUCCCUUCACUAAAUAUUACCCUGCUCACACUCCAACAGAUCGUCAGGUCCCAAAUACCAUUCAUCUCCAUUCACUCCUAUCUAACAUGCUCAUGCACGCUUUCUGGAAGUCCAAACCCCUCGCCCACUAAACCUCCUUUACCCCCUCCCUCCAACCUUUUCAAGGAUGACCCCUACCCCUCCUUCCUUCCCCUACAGAUUUAUAUUCUCUCCGUGUCAUUCUACUUUGAUCCAUUCUCUCUAAAUAACCAAACCACCUCAACAACCCCUCUUCAGCCCUCUGACUAAUACUUUUAUUAACUCCACACUUUCUAAUUUUCUCACUCUGAAUUCUCUGCAUAAUAUUUACACCACACAUUGCCCUUAGACAGGACAUCUCCACCGCCUCCUCACUGCAGCAUUUACAACCCAAGCUUCACACCCAUAUAAGAGUGUUGGUAUCACUAUACUUUCACACAUUCCCUUCUUUGCCUCCAUAGAUAAUGUUGUUUGUCUCCAAAUAUACCUCAAUGUACCACUCACCUUUUUCCCUUCAUCAAUUCUAUGGUUAACCUCAUCCUUCAUACAUCCAUCCGCUGACACGUCAACUCCCAAAUACAGUGGACCCCGCCUUACAAUAUUAAUCCGUUCCUGAGAGCUCAUCGUAAGCCGAAAUUAUCAUUAGCCGAAUUAAUUUUCCCCAUAAAUAUGAAAUAAUGGAAAUCAAAUUAAUCCGUUCCUGACACCCCAAAGUAUGAAAAAAAAAAUUUUUUUACCACAUGAAAUAUUAAUUUUAAUACACACAAACUGAAAAAGACAUGCACAAUUACUACUCUCCUAAGAAUAGAAUACAUGACACUUACCUUUAUUGAAGAUCUGGUAAUGAUUGAUGGGAUGGGAGGAGGGGAGAGUGUGGAAGUUAUUGUUUAGAAGGGAAAUCCCCUUCCAUUAGGACUUGAGGUAGCAAGUCCUUUUCUGGGGUUACUUCCCCUCUUCUUUUAAUGCCAAUAGGACCAGCUUGAGAGUCACUGGACCUCUGUCGCACAACAAAUCUGUCUAUAGAGCUCUGUACCUCCCGUUCUUUUAAGACUUUCUUAAAAUGGGCCAUAACAUUGUCAUUGUACAGGUUGCCAACACAGCUUGCAGUAGCUGUGUCAGGGUGAUUUUCAUCCGUAAAGGUUUGCAGUUCAACCCACUUUGCACACAUUUCCUUAAUCUCUUUUUUCAAUUCCAUACUAAUUCUCGCCCUUUUUAUCACAGGGAUGGCACUAGAAGCUUUCUUGGGGUCCAUGGUGACUUAUUUUGCAGUUACAAGCACUGUAAACACUGGGAUAAUGUGAAAUGUACCGAAUGUAUGCGUAUAUGUGACUGCACUGGCUGGCUUGUAAACACUGGCGCUGAGGCCACACGUGGGACGCGUCCCGGACGAAUCACAUAAGGCGAGUUUUUUAUCAUGAGGCGAGGCAAAAUUUUUGCUUUCAAAUGCUUCGUAUGGCGCAUUUAACGUAACGCGAUGGGUUCGUAAGGUGGGGGUCCACUGUAUCUGAAAACAUUUACUUCUUCCAUACUCUUCCUCUCCAAUUUGGUAUCCAAUUUUUCUUUAUCUAAAUCAUUUGAUACCUUCAUCACCUUACUCUUUUCUACGUUCACUUUCAACUUUCUACCUUUACACACUCUCCCAAACUUGUCCACUAACCUUUGCAACUUUUCUUUAGAAUCUCCCAUAAGCACAGUAUCAUCAGCAAAAAGUAACUGGGUCAAUUCUUGUUUUGUAUUUGAUUCCCCAUAAUUUAAUCCCACCCCUCUCCCCAACACCCUAGCAUUUACUUCUUAUUUUUAGUAAUCUGUACAGGAAAAGGGGUUACUAGCCCAUAGACUCUUAUUCCAAAGCAGAAGUAUCAAGAUUAAUCUUGUGCAAAACUUUCACAUCACAAAGAGUUUCUGCAACAUUAUGUUAACAGAGCAGUGCUAUUAAGGAAUGUGCACUGAACUGAUAAAUAUUCUGGUAAAGAUCCUGAUAUUACUCAAUCAUUCAACUCAGAGAAUAAUUCCAGUAAGCAUCACAGGGCAGAAAUUUGUAAUCAAAGAAUCCUGUACAAAGAUAAUAUAGCUGCUGGUCCCUCUGAACACACUGUACAGAGCAAUUAUCAGUGCACUGAAAAAACUGCUGAACCCAGCAAGCAAGAUGGAUAUAAAGAUUUCAACAGACAUACUGAAGCAAAAAGAACACCAUUGACUUCAGCAUUGCAAAAAAACCAUUGGUUUUCACACUAAAGAAAAGUUCUGGGCUGAAGACCUGAGAGAUCCUGUGAUGCAAGAUGGUGAAUAUUACAAAGUACUGAAAUUUGUACAUGACCCUCCAUUCCUUAAAAUGGUGCCCACAGUAUCACAGUCAUACAUCUAAUUACAACUGUCAUCUCAGGAAUUUACUUUUAAGUUGACAGAGGUCAGUGUGGAUGUCUUAGAACACAGUUGAGAUGGCAUUUACACUGUUGCAGUGAUUUUAACUCAGACUAAUAACAGUAGGUCUUGUAACACCCCUAAGGUGUAACUCUGCCACCAGAAAAGUUAUUAACAGGGAAUUUUGAUAUGUGAGUAUUGGAGGAAGGAAAAUGGAGAAUUUUCGUUUCUUCAGGAAUUGGUAGCUAAUGUAAUAAAUGGAAUUACCUAUUUAAUUUUAUUCACAUAGAGAUUACAUUCCCAGUUUAAUGUGAUAUAGUGGUAACUGUAGUUACGAACUUAUUUCGUUCCAGAAGGCUGUUUGAGUGCCGAUACUGAACAAAUUUGUUCCAAUAAGGAAUAAUGUAAAUUAGAUUAAUCCGUUUCAGACCCCCAAAAAUACACUUACAAAAGCACUUACAAAAAUACACAUACAUAAUUGUUCGAGUUGGGAGCUGUUUGAAACUCGACGUACCACUGUAUCUUCUUCUUUCAACAAACUGGCCAUAUCCCACUUAGGCAGGGUGGCCCAAAAAGAAAACAAAAGCUUUUCUCUUUAACUUUAGUAAUGUAUACAGGAGAAGGGGUUACUAGCCUCUUGCUCCUGGCAUUUUAGUCACCUCUUAUGACAUGCAUGGCUUACGGAGGAAGAAUUCUGUUCUACCUCCCCAUGGAGAUUUAAUGUGAUACAGUGGUCCCUCAAUAAUCGUCCGGCCUGAAAGUCAUCCAUUUCGGAAAUAGUCCUGUUUUUUCGUCAAAAUAUUGGCUCGCAAAUGGUCCAGUAACUCGCUAAUAGUCCUUCGUCCCGGACGCGUACUCACGCUCUGAGCCGCCUUGGCCUUUCCUUCCCAGCCAGUGUGCCAUUGUUUACCAGUGAGCGACGGUCCCCUCACGUGCUCCAGCGAAAUAUUUCAUAAUAUUCCAUUUAUUUUAGUGCUUGCAAGUUAUUUAAGUGCUAAAUAAGCUACCAUGGCUCCAGAGAAAGCUCCUAGUGCCAAACCUUUGGUAAAGAAGGUGAGAAAUAUGAUUGAAUUUAAGAAAAACAUCAUUGAAUAAUAUGAUAGUGGCGUACGUGUGGGCGAACUGGCCAAGAUGUAUAACAAACCCCAUACAACCAUAUCUUCCAUCAUAGCCAAGAAAAAGGAAAUCAAGGAUGCUGUUGUUGCAAAGGGGGUAAAUAUGCUGACAAAAAUGAGAU